UCAUUUCUUGCUUUUCUUCGUGGGUGCGUUACACAGCACACACCACACCUAGCUUCCCUCUAAAAUAGCGAAAAUUACAAUUAUAAAUCUGGUCCAAAAGCAUUCCCAAAGACUUCUCGAAGAAAGAUUCAUUUCGCUCUUGCAGUCAUGUAAAACUUCAAAACGCCUCCACCAAAUCCUAGCCCAGAUAAUCACCCACGGUUUCAAACACAACGACUAUGUAAUCCCAAGAUUUAUCACUGCGUGUGCCGAGCUGAAGAAGAUGGUUUAUGCCCGCCAACUAUUCGAUCAAAUUCCGGACCCGAGCAUUGGUCUAUGGAAUGCAAUGUUCAGAGGGUAUGCUCGAGUUAAGUCUUAUAGCGAAGUUUUAGUUUUGUUUGGUCAAAUGAAGAGCUUGGACGUAAUGCCCAAUUGCUUUACCUUUCCUAUUGUUUUAAAAUCUUGUGUGAAAGUUAAUUCAUAUGUAGAAGGACAAGAAAUACAUUGCGUAGCAAUAAAGGGUGGCUUCAGAGCAGACCCAUUUGUGGCAACUACAUUGAUUGAUAUGUAUGCUGGUGGUGGAGCGAUUGGAGCGGCUUACAAGGUGUUUGGUGAGAUGGUUCAGAGGAAUGUAGUUUCAUGGACUUCGAUGAUUAGUGGGUAUAUUUUGUGCCGCGAUGUGAUUUCUGCACGCCGCCUUUUUGACUUAGCUCCUGUGCGAGAUGUUGUGUUGUGGAACACUAUGGUUUCAGGUUAUAUUGAAACGGGUGAUAUGGUGGCAGCACGGAAGCUUUUUGAUGAGAUGCCAAACCGGGAUGUGAUGUCUUGGAAUACGAUGUUGAAUGGUUACGCAAAUAAUGGGGAUGCUGAGGCAUGCGAGAGGUUGUUUGAAGUGAUGUCUGAGAAGAACAUCUUCUCUUGGAAUGGAUUCAUUGGAGGGUACGCACGUAGUGGGCUUUUUGCUGAAGUUCUGAAAACUUUCAAAAGGAUGCUAAUUGAAAGUAGUGUGCUUCCUAAUGAUGUUACACUUGUGAUCGUAUUGGCUGCAUGUGCCAGAUUAGGAGCAAUUGAUUUGGGUAAGUGGGUUCAUGUAUAUGCAGAGAAUAAUGGGUACAGGGAGAAUAUUUAUGUUGGGAAUGCUUUGAUUGACAUGUAUGCAAAAUGUGGAACAAUAGAAAAUGCAGUUGAUGUGUUCAAGAACAUGGGUACGAAGGAUCUGAUUACAUGGAAUACCAUAAUCAAUGGCUUAGCGGCACAUGGACGUGGUAAUGAUUCCUUAACUUUGUUUCAUGAGAUGAAGAAUGCUGGAGAAACACCAGAUGGAAUCACCUUCAUAGGUAUUCUGUGCGCUUGUACACAUACGGGACUAGUUCAAGAUGGCUUUUCCUAUUUUCAAUCCAUGGUUAAUGAUUAUUCAAUUGUGCCUCAAAUUGAGCAUUAUGGUUGUAUGGUUGAUCUGCUUGCACGAGCUGGUCUUUUAGACCAGGCUGUAGAGUUCGUGAGAAAGAUGCCCAUGGAAGCAGAUGCUGUUAUAUGGGCUGCCUUACUUGCGGCCUGUAGAAUUUACAAAAACGUUGAGUUGGCUGAAGUUGCCUUUGAACGGCUUAUUGAACUUGAACCGAAGAACGCAGCAAAUUUUGUCUUGCUUUCAAAUAUAUAUGGGGAUCUUGGGAGAUGGAAAGAUGUUGCACGGUUAAAAGUUGCAAUGAGGGAUACCGGGUUCAGAAAAUUGCCAGGGUGUAGCUUGGUUGAAGUCGGUGAUUCCGUGGUCAAGUUCUAUUCCCUAGAUGAGAGACAUCCCGAGAGAGAGGAAAUAUAUAGAGCCUUGAAGGGCUUGACAAAACUGUUAAGGUCAUCUGGAUAUGUACCAGACCUGUCGGAACUUGGGCGGGGAACUUAAAAGGAAAAGGGAAGGAUAAGACACCCACUACUAAGUUUACCCCUAUUCAGAUCAUCUUGUGAAUUGAAAACAUAUAACCUGAUUGCCCGCAAACUUGGGUAGACCUACUAGCCAAAGACAAUCUUGCUAAGCUUAUAUAUUGAUGGGUUUCUAAAUCUGUCUUCCAAGUGCAGAAGCUAUCAAAGUAGUACAUGGAUGAGUUUCAUGGUCAUUUCCACAGGGACAAUAGUAUUCAUGCUAAGCAAACAUAUAAUGAAGUGUAUUUUGUGUGAGAAGCUUGUUUGUGAAAGGGCUAUUUAUGCAACCAAGAAAAGAAACAAGAAAAGUAUAUUUAUGUACUGAAUUGAAGUGUAUUAAUGAAGAGUGGUUUGGAUCUUU